AUGGAGAACAAGGGCAGAGUAUGCCCCAUUUGUGACAAGUUAUUUUCUAAUGGGAAAGCUUUGGGAGGGCAUAUGAAAGCACACUUAGCCAAAUUACCUCUCCCUCCAAAGCCCUCAAUGGAGUCAACCAAACAUUCAACUCACUUUAAUGCAAGAAGUGACCCUAUACCCAAUCUUCGAUCUUUGAAAAGGAACUUUUGUUACGCCCUAGCAAACUCUGGUGGGAAUAGUACGUUUGAGUUUUAUCCAAAAAUCCCAACUGGAAAAAGAUCGAAACGCCAACGAAAACAAUUUAUUGUGGCUGAGGAAAAAGAAGAUAUUACACAAUCUAACGAGGCUAAAGAAAAUGCUGAGAAUACACAAUGUAAAAUUGUGUAUAAUAACACCGAUUUAGAACUUGCUGAAACAAUAGUAUUUAUGAACAGGAAAGAAUGGCAACAAAUUAAUGAGAAAUACCUCGGUGAAGAAGUUGGUCGAAGUGGAAAUGAAGAUGUUGAAUUGGAUCAAGUGCGUGAGGAACACAUGAAGGUAUACUUCUCUGGUUGUUUCUAA